AUGGCACAACCAGGAAUCCCAGACCUCUCCAAUGCCAUCGUAGCACAGGAUGAGAUGGGAAGACCAUUCAUCAUUGUCAGAGAUCAAGGCAAAAAGGAGAGAAAACACGGUGUCGAGGCUACCAAGUCACAUAUUUUGGCUGCCAGAUCAGUCGCCUCUAUUGUGAAAACAUCAUUGGGACCUCGUGGGUUGGACAAGAUCUUGGUCAGUCAGGAUGGUGACAUCACAAUCACUAACGAUGGUGCUACCAUCUUGUCCCAAAUGGACUUGGAUAACGAAAUCGCUAAGCUUUUGGUAGAGUUGGCCAAGUCUCAGGAUGACGAGAUCGGUGACGGUACUACAGGUGUUGUCGUGUUGGCUAGUGCUCUUUUGGACCAAGCUUUGGAGCUUAUCGAAAAAGGUAUUCAUCCCAUUAAGAUUGCCAAUGGAUUCGACGAGGCGUGCAAGAUCGCUUGCCAGCAUUUGGACGAGGUAGCAGACAAUAUCAGUAUCAGUGCUGAGAAAACUGACUCGAACUUGUUGAAGGCCGCUAAGACCUCAUUGGGCUCUAAGAUUGUCUCGAAGGCUCAUGAUCACUUUGCACAGAUGGCCGUGGAUGCUGUCUUGUCGGUUGCUGACAUGGAAAGAAGAGACGUCGACUUCGAGUUGAUUAAGAUGGAGAGCAAAGUCGGUGGUGGUAUUGAAGACUCCACCCUCAUCAAAGGUGUUCUUUUGGACAAGGAGUUCUCCCACCCACAAAUGGCCAAGGAAAUCAAGGACUGUAAGAUCGCUAUUUUGACGUGCCCAUUCGAACCACCAAAGCCAAAGACGAAGCACAAGUUGGAUAUCUCCAGUGUGGAGGAGUUCAAGGCUUUGCAAGAAUACGAGCAGAAGAAGUUUAUCGAAAUGAUCGACAGAGUGAAGGAGUCCGGUGCUAAUGUUGUUGCAUGUCAAUGGGGUUUCGACGAUGAGGCCAACCACUUGUUGUUGGCUAACAAAUUGAACGCUAUCAGAUGGAUUGGUGGUUCCGAAUUGGAAUUGCUUGCCAUUGCCACCAACGGCCGUAUUGUGCCAAGAUUUGAGCACUUGGCUGCUGAAAAGUUGGGCCAUGCUGGUACUAUCAAGGAGCUCGAGUUCGGUACCACUAGAGACCGUAUGUUGGUUGUUGAAGACUGUUCCAACACCAAGGCAGUCACAUGUUUCAUCAGAGGCUCCAAUGAAAUGAUCGCCGCCGAAGGUUUGAGAGCAUUGCAUGAUUCCAUUUGUGUUGUGAGAAACUUGAUCAGAGAGAGCAGAGUGAUCUACGGUGGUGGAGCUGCUGAAUUGACGUGUUCUAUCGCUGUCAGCGAAGCUGCUGACCAGCAAAAGGGCAUUGAUCAGUAUGCUUUCAGAGCUUUUUCCACUGCAUUGGAUCAGAUCCCUCUUACACUUGCAGAAAACUCUGGUCUCGAUCCAAUCGAGACCUUGUCUAACCUCAAGUCCAAGCAGAUCCUCGAGAAGUCAUCCCACUUGGGUGUCGAUUGUUUGGGCAAGGGCACUAAUGAUAUGAAGGAGCUCUUCGUGAUUGACCCCUUGAUCGGGAAGAAGCAGCAGUUGUUGUUGGCCACACAGUUGACUAGAAUGAUCUUGAAGAUCAACGAUGUGAUCAUCAGCGGGAAGGACGAGUACUAG